AUUUUCUUUCAUAUAGAAAACAAAUCAGAGAGAAAAAAAAAAAGGCAGAAAUAAGUAUCAAAUGCAAUUGAGAUUCACACCUGUGUUUUUCUUCCAUCUUUUCACUUAAAUUUUGCUUUUAGAAGAGAAAAAAAGAGAGCCAAUUUAGGCUCUGAGAUGUAUAUGAAAUUCAUUGUUCUUCCUCUGAUGCUUGUUGCUGAAAAUCAAGUUAAAUUCCAAGAAAGGGAGUGGGAAAAAGAGAGAUAAACAAAGUUCCUCAUCUAGGUGUUUUGCAGGUGGACUCCAAUGGCGGCAUCGGUUAUGAAAGAAGGUAAAAAAACGGAGCCCGUUGUUAUUGUGAAGCUUGCGGAGUGCGAUUGUUGCGGUUUAACGGAGGAGUGUACGCAAGCUUACAUUGCUAGCGUAAGAGAAAAAUUCGAAGGGCGGUGGCUUUGCGGGCUUUGUUCGGAGGCCGUUAACGACGAGACGGUUAGAUCGGAGGAAGAUAUCACGACUAACGAAGCAAUGGAUCGGCACAUGAAGUUUUGUGGGCAGUUUAAAUCGUCGAGUCCACCGGCGAAUCCCGCCGAGGAUUUGAUCUCUGCGAUGAGACAUUUGUUUCGGAGGAGUUUGGAAUCGCCGAGGAAGAACAAGUCAUCGCCGUCGACGUCGUUUUCUCGAUCCGAGAACUGUUUCUCAACUCUGUCGAAUGAAGAAGUUAGGACUUAAAAGAGAAUGAGGUUUUAUGAUGCUAUAUUUAUCAUCCAAUCUAUUUUGAGCAUUUGGAAUAUUUUCUAAUAAAGACAGUAAUUAGUUA